UUGAUUGAAUAUUAUACAAAUGGGAGCAACAUCAUCGAGGAUCCUUGCUAAUAAAAAGGAGGGGAUCAUUGCUGAGCAUAGUAAGAAUCAGCCAGAGUACUCUCUAAAAUUCGAAUCUGUUCAAGGGUCUCCUCAGUACCAGUGAUUAUUCGACUACAGGUAAUGGUAAAGUUAAUUCCUAGUGCUGAAUCUGAGUCAGAAUUCGUAUACAAAUAAAUUUAUUAUAAAGGACUCUUGCUAUAUAGACCUAGAGAAUGAACUGUUACAUAAGAGCCCCAUUAUCAAUCAUAAGGAAGAUGGGUUCGACCCGCUCUCCUGUAUUGUGUACAAAGGAGGCAAGUACUGGAUCUACCACGGCAAGGACUUCCAAGAGGAUGAAAUUAUUGAUACCAAAAAGCCCAGCGUCUGGCUAGUGCUUAAUGAUGUCAACAAAUACUCCCUCAAGGAUCUUAUAGAUCCUAAAUAUGGCUACCGCAUAAAGCAAGGAGAUAUCCUCAGGUUUGGGAAAGUUAGAUUCAAAGUGAAACAGAUCAGCAGCAAGGAUGAACUUGACCAUAGCUUCAAAGAAAAUUGCACUAAAGCUAAAUCAAAAAUUUUACGAAAAAAGAGUUUCACGCAUUCUUACGAGUCAAUGAAAUUCUUUGAAACUUCCAGCCAGAUAAUAGAUUCUCUUGAGACUAGUGCUGCCAUGAAAAGAUCAAAUAGCUCCGUUCAUAAGAGAGACUCUAAAGCUAAAAUCUGUAGAGUUUGUCUUGAUGAAGACGAAAUUAGGAAUGAAGAGAACCCAUUGAUAGCACCUUGUAGUUGUUCAGGAUCUGUACAGUACAUACAUCUUAACUGCCUUAAGCAAUGGAACAGGAGUAAUCGUAAGACUCGAGAAGCUGAGUAUGUUAACUCUUACCACUGGGAGAAGCAAGAAUGAGGAAUUUGUAAAGACCUGUUUGGAUUGGAAUUCCAGCAAGGCGACAAACUUCACAAGAUUCUUGAUUAUAAAGAGCCAACAACACAGAACUUUAUGGUCCUAGAAUCUUUUUCUAAAAAUAACAGUAAGACUCUUCACGUUAUUGAGAUUCCAAACGAGCAAGCUGCCAUGAAGAAUAAAAUUGUGGAUUUAUUUGUAGGAAGAGUCUCCCGCUUGAAUAUCAGGAUCACAGAUGCAAGUGUAUCAAGAAUCCACUCAAGGAUUCUCUUCUGUGACGGAGAGUUUUACUUAAUGGAUCUUAAUUCCAAAUUUGGCACACUAGUCAGGCAAAAAUACCCUUUACCGAUACCUUAUAAGAGAGGAUACACACUUGCACUUCAAAUUAUUGAAGCAUAUAUGGAAAUUAGUCCAGAAUUUCCAUGUUGCCCUUGAUUUAAGCCUAAGAGAAACAACGCUAAGGUAUCUCCGGAUACUCAAGGCGUUAGACAUUUCAAGACAAUAGCAGAGCACAUUCCAGCUAAUUUCAGAAAAUAUUUCGAGUUAUUAGAUGACUUCAUUGCUGAUAAGGAGGAAGACUCCCAUGCUAAGGACUCCUUGCGCAAAGGCGAAAACAACGUUAUAGAGGAGAGAUUUGACGAAGACUCUUCCGAAUUUGAAAGUGAAUUAAACAGGUCAAUCAGUGACAACUCCGUGGUCCCUAUGCAGAAUGGAACGGCUGCUCAUCGAAGAGAGCAGAGCCAGAAAUUAGUCCAUCCUGAGUCUCAGCUAGUUAGUCCAUAUCACAAUGAAAAUGAAGAAGAGAAGGGAUUUCCUCAUCGAAAUAGUAGAAACCUCAUGCACAGGAGGAUAGCUUCAAAUAUGGAAAGUAAUGUGAGUAUUGGAGGCACAUCCUCUGAUAAAUAUGGAUCAUCGGUUUUUACCACUCAGCAUCGGUCGCAUAUGGAUAUUCACAGGUUCAAUAAGACUAAGGAGGAAGCUAAAGAGAAGCCAAAGGAGCUUGAUUCCAGUCUUGGUAGAGACCUCAGCUUGGGAAGUAUUCCUCAAAACCCAAUGGUUUCAAAUAUCUCUGUUGAAGAGGACAGCUAA